AUGGUCACGGCCAUGUUCGAAGAGGUGUACAGCAUGGACCCGGAGCUGCCCGCUGAGGUAAUCGAUGCAGUCUUCAAGGAGCUGUUGGUCCACGAGGGCCUUACGUUCGCGCAGUGCGAGCACGUAAUUGAUAAGCUGAUGCAACGCGGAGAGCAGAUCGAGUAUUUGUUCCACGAGUGGUCUGGCGUGUUUCCAACAUUGCCGGCAGCUGCGCGACAAGCUCUGGCCAAGGGCCUUCUCCCCUCAGUUGGUCGCUGUCCGCAUGCUGCACUGGACUUCGUUCUGAAGGAGCUGGAUGCCCUUCCUCAGCCGGAAGGCGACCGUGAAAGCAGAGUAGGGAGAGCUGAUAUGUUUUGGCAGUAG